AUGGAAGCAAACAGUGCAGCAAUUUUAUUUAAAGAGAAAUAUGGUGAUUCGAAGGAAAGAUACUAUGUGAAGCCACCAGAUCAAUAUAAUAUAAUGGUUUUGAAAAAUGAAAAAUUAAGCAAUAUUUCUGGUAUUUUUACUAAAAUAUUCAUGCCUCAGGGUUAUCCUUAUAGUGUAAGUAAAGAUUACACUGCAUAUCAAAUAUGGGAUACUGCACAAGCAUUUUGCAGUACUAUCACAGGUAUUUUAGCUACACAAGAAGUAUUACGUGGAAUGGGUGUGGGAGAUACUAAUGCCACCCCACUGGCUGCAACUGUUACAUGGGUUCUUAAAGAUGGUUGUGGCCAUCUAGGGAGAAUACUUUUUGCAUACAGCCAUGGCACACACUUGGAUGCAUACAGUAAGAAAUGGAGGCUAUUUGCAGAUAUAUUAAACAAUGCAGCUAUGUGCAUAGAAAUAGCAUUGCCUUUAUUCAGUAAAUAUGUCACAUUUGCUUUAUGCAUAAGCACUAUUAUGAAAGCUAUUGUUGGAGUAGCAGGUGGUGCGACACGGGCUGCUAUGACUCAACAUCAUGCUAUUCGAGGCAACAUGGCUGAUGUGGCAGCUAAAGAUUCUGCUCAAGAGACUGCUGUUAAUCUAGUUGCAUCUAUGGUUGCAUUAUUUAUCAUAUCUAUUUUUGGAAAUUCCAUUUUCAUAUUUUUCUUGAUGUUGAUCCUCCAUAUUUCAUUCAACUAUCUCGCGGUGCGAGCUGUAUGUUUGAGGUCUCUCAAUGAGCCCAGGUUCUUACUAGUCAUUGACGAGUAUUUGAAGAAGGAACAAGUAGAAACUCCUUGUAAAAUCAACAGGUCUGAGCCUAUUAUACUCUAUCAACUCGGAUCUAAUAUGUUAGAUUUAAUAAUAUGCGGAUAUCAAAUAAAACUUGGUCAAUCGAUGUCUCAAGUUAUGACUAAAUCAUAUAUUGCAAUGCAUUGGGAACUCAUUAAUGUUUUAUACAGUGAUAGAAAUUAUAUUUUGUUCACACACAAGGAUACAAGAGUAAUGCACGUGUUUAUCAAAGAUAACGGCACAGUUGAUGACGUGCUAUGUGCUUAUUUCCAUGCGGUGCUACUCUCCAUCGUAAUCUGUGCUCUUAAAGAUCAUCAUUUGACAAUAUUCGAUAAGAGUUACAACACAAGGCCAUUAGCUCAAGUGUGUCAAACGUUACAAACUGCCGAGUGGAGCCGAAUUAUUAGCCAUGACGAUAAAUUUAUUGAGCCUUCCUUUGAGCUACUAAAAUACGUCCAUGAUAUUGCUGUUAGAGAAUGGGAAGUUUUAAAACCCGCACUUAUACAAGCUGGUUGGGAUUUAAGCAAACACUUGCUCGUCCUCGACGAAUGGAGGGUAUGUAGUGAAAAUAUUCAAUGUAAACAAACCUGUGACCAACAAGAUCAAGUCAUUAAUCCAACAGAUACCGAGGACGACAUACUGGUAACUGAAGUAUCUACAACUGUCGAGGAAUUAGAAAUAUAUAAUAAACAAGAACCAAAUAUAAAAGGCAAAAAAAUUCUG